AUGGUGUGCCAUUGUGUCAAUGGACGUCUACGCCGUUCCAAACAAUUUGAUUUGAACAAAAAAGACGUCUUCAGGUCAGAUUUGUGUCUCCUGAAUGAUGAGCAGAGUCUUCUACCUCCCAAAGCACUCUCUUCGAAAUCACCGGGUGUGUUAUCUAAUAGUGCUCCAGUAGUGAAAGCCGUGGUCGCUUCAAUAUCUUCACUUUUUGGUCUCAAUAUGAACGGGACGUGGCUCACCAGCUUCUUUCCGGUUACAAAAUCUGACACUUUCACUCCAGAAUUGUGCUACAAAAUGGCACGACGCAAAAGGUAUGCUUGGCUGGGCGUGAACUUCUUCGUACCUUAUACGUUUGUGGGAGGGUUCUAUCAGUGCCAGGGAACCAAAAAUACAUGCAAUCCAGAGCGGUUCUCCCUAGUAGCACCACUACUAGCCGAUGAUUCUAGAGUCCACUGGAAUACGUUGGAAAAAUACCGUGUUGUCAGACACACUCAGUUUCUCAAAACUGCUUCAGAAUUAGAGAAAAACCUUCUCUACACCCAAGCGUUGUUCGGAUCAUGGGAAAACCAAGUUGAUAUAAAUGAGAAAUAUACCGACUCGUCAAAAGACGAUACUUUAAUGGGAAAAGUUAUUUCUGCCGCUCACCAUUUAACAACCCAAGCGAACCCUCUAAACAAAAAGGCACACAACUUUCCACGAAAGGGAGGUAAUCUAGAAGCCACAUGA